GACGAGACCAAUCACAACCCAGACGAAGGUGAGGAGGCGGGCCAAGACCUUGGAAGAGGAGGUGAAAUUUAGUUGCCGCCGCCGCCGCCAUUUUGUGCUGAGGGCUGUUGCUGAGCUCUAGCCACCACCAUGGUGAAACUUUUCAUCGGCAACCUUCCCCGGGAAGCCACCGAGCAGGAGAUCCGCUCCCUUUUCGAGCAGUACGGCCGAGUCCUGGAGUGCGACAUCAUCAAGAAUUAUGGGUUUGUGCACAUUGAGGACAAGACGGCCGCCGAGGACGCCAUCCGCAGCCUGCACCACUACAAGCUGCACGGCGUCUGCAUCAACGUCGAAGCCAGCAAAAACAAGAGCAAGGCUUCCACCAAGCUGCACGUGGGCAACAUCAGCACCAGCUGCACGAACCUGGAGCUGCGGUCCAAGUUUGAGGAAUACGGCCCCGUGCUUGAGUGCGAUAUCGUGAAAGAUUAUGCCUUUGUGCACAUGGAAAGAGCUGAGGAUGCCGUCGAGGCCAUCAGAGGCCUCGACAACACAGAAUUCCAAGGCAAAAGAAUGCGCGUGCAGUUGUCUACCAGCCGUCUCAGGACCGCGCCCGGGAUGGGAGACAAGAGUGGCUGCUAUCGGUGUGGGAAGGAGGGUCACUGGUCUAAAGAGUGCCCGGUAGACCGCACGGGGCAAGUGGCUGAGUUGACCGAACCUUAUAGCGAGCAAUACGGAAUGGUGCGCAACCCGUACCCUACAGGCUACGGGGAUCCUGUGUAUUACGAGGACCCCUAUGGAAUGGUGGAUUAUUAUAAACGGUAUCGCGCGAGAAACGCUGCGGCCUAUGGGGCUUCUGCAUACGACACUUAUGCGGAGCACACCAUGGCCCAGUAUUCCCAGUACGCCCAGUACUCGCAAGCCACAGCCAUGGCCAGUCGCCUCUCUACCUCCUUAGACCCCUACGAGAGGCCCCUGAUGCCAUCCUCGGGAACUGCAGCCGCGGUAGCUGUCGCUGCUGUGGCCGCGACGUCCUCCUUUUACACCCGGGAUAGAAGCCCUCUGCGUCGCUCGGCCGCUGCGGCUUCCACCGCUGGAGACGUGUACGGAUACGAGCGCGUUCAGCUGUCUCCCGUCUCGCGAUCCUCUCUCUACGAUGUCCAGCGUUUCGGGCGGGAUGCAGGCGCGGACAGGUUGCGAUACUCCGCGUAUUGAGUCUCGAGGUGAGCGCGUUUUUUUCAUCAGUAGUUUGGAGGAGGAGGGGGACGGCGCAUCAAUGUCGGUGCUGGUGAGACGGGGGGAUACCAGCUGGCGUCUGGGUGGGUCUUUGGAGGAUACCUGCCUGCUUGGUGUGGGAGAUGAAACCGAGAGACCAGCAUAGAUGGGAGCAAAACACACCAAUUAGGAACGUCAGCUUGCUAUAAACCUGGUCCUGCAAUCUUCCCAAAUAAAAGUGGCUCAGAGUGUCCCAGGGAUAAGUUGGCUCCCAAACCCACAUGCCAUGUCCAGGACAUCUCAAAUUGCUUCUGGAGAAAGGAUUUACUUCGGGGAACUACCCCGUGGCCAUUUCAGAGUUCCCCGGAAUAUUUGUUCCUCCUUACUUGUGUGCUUCGUUACAGUCAGAUUGAGGGAGGUCUUGCCCGAGAACAGUAGAUUCCGCUGUCUUUUAUUUCUAAAAUCCUGGCUAAGCUUGCCUCGUUGUUGUUUUUCUCCUUCCUCUUCUGUUCCCAUGGCCCCAUAUAUUGCACUCUUCUCCCAGGAUUGUGGGUGCCUCGUUGCCUGUUUCCCACUAUGCACCUUAAACUCAAAAUUAGGGCAAAGUGGCCGCACCCCGACCAACUGGAGAUAGAGCAGCUUUUAACCAAAGCGGCUUGGAAAUUGAAGAGCGAGUUUGGAUCACACAAGAUGCCCCAGUGUGUACUCUCUUGAGCCCCACCUGAACCAGGUGCUUUAUGAGCAGAAGCGCAAUUCCCAUCCAUGGGGUAUGGGAGGCAGCAAUAGGCAAAGGCAAUCCUUGCAGCCUGAAACAGCUGAUUGUUGGUUGGAUCAGCCUUCUGAAAAUCAGCUGUUUCAGGCUGCAAGGAUUGUCUUUGCCUAUUGCUGCCUCCCAUGCCCCAUUUUCGGGGGAUGGGGGGCAGAUGGGCGGGGUUACAUUUGGUGUAUUUGAUGCAUCCAAAUUUUCACCCUCUUUUAUGGGGGGGAAAGUGUCAUAUACUCCAAAAAAUACAGUAAUUCCUUUUGUUCAUGAUGCUGUAAUUGCUGUGUUUUUGUCCUGUCCUUAAGCCUGUGAUUUCUUUUCACUGGGUGACACCCCCCCUCCUCCCCCAGGUUGAAUUCUCCUGAAAGAUAAUAUUCUUUUCUUCUUCCAAAUUGUUUAUUGUUUCUGUUCCCUUCUUGUAAUAAAAAAAAAAGAAGAACAUUCUAGAUAUUCUCAUGCCUUGAGAAAUUCUUAGCUGCUCUUUCUUCCGGGUGUUUGGUGGCCUUUCACGUAAGAGGUGACCGGAGCAAUUGUACGCUUCUUUCCUAUGACCAAGCAACAGAUGUCUAAUAUGAAAUGUUUUAUUUGCAGUCCUUUCCCAACAGUUCCAAAGAGUGGAUUCCUUUCCCUGCAGUGUUUAAAUUACAGCAUUUUCACUUACUGUCCCCCAAUAUCUGUCUCCCUGAGAAGAGCCAUCAGUAUACUGACAUUCAUCCAAAAAUGUAAUUUUGUGCUCUUUGAGGGUUGGGGAAGGUGAGUAGCCAGUGUUGAAUAUCCCACUGGUUAAUGUCUGUUUUUGAAGUAUUUUAGUUUAACAUUGAAAAUAACAUCUUCUUCCCUACCCUCCCGAAGACCGUCCAUAGCCCCAAGAGGAGGAGAUCCUUCUAGAACAGGGGGCAAAAAAGGCUGUUAAUAUUCUGACAAUCUCUCCCUCCCUCCAAUCAAAUACACUUCCCCAUUAACUUACCGCCUGAGUUAAUGCUCUAAGGCCGGGAUUUCCAAACUUGGCCACUCACUGGCUGGGGAAUUCUGGGACUUGAAGUCUGAAAAGUGGCCCAGGUCGGAAGAGCCCCCUGCUCUAAGAAAGGUGGGGUGGGCUCAACCACGGAAGUGCUGUUUUUUGGUUUCUUUUUGUUUUUUUCUAGGCAGCCCCCAGCACUGAGCCUGCAAAUGAACUGUGUCUUUUAUUUUUCAGGUAGGCUAUUUGAGGGCUGGACAUCGGGCUCCUGCGGCGCGUUUAUGUCAAAGCUAUGCCAGGCUUCACGAUGUGUCGAUUUUGUGUUUAGCAUGGUCUCACUUACGGACAUUCGGUGUCUCUGCGAAGCUUAGUGACAACUAGCAGUCCCUGUUCUCUUUUUUUAAAAAAACAAAAACAAAAACCCAAACAAAACAACCACAUAAAAGUCGCCACCACCACCAAGCAUUAUUGGAAAGAGGGGAGGGCAGGGCUGUGGGAAUUGGGGAGAGGAGGUUGUUCUUAACUGGGCUUGUGCCCUGGACUUUGGUCAAACUUUGUCUAAGCUUGGACUUCGAGCGUAGACAGAGGGACCCACAGAAUAAACAAGAGACAAAUAUGUGGCCUUCCAAGGAUAACUUUGGGCCAAUUCGUUCCAGUUCAAUUUGCAAUUUGUCCUCCUUUGUGUAGGCUUGAUUUUGGAAUUGAAUAAUUCUAGCUGAUCCAGUUCCUUUUUUCUUUUGUAUUAUGAGAAGACAUUGUCAUAUUUGGUAGCUGCCUACAUUUGGACUGUAGAAAGCUUUCCUUUUGCUAUGGAUAUUAUUAACCUGUAACUUUUUGUUCUUUUAAAGUUGACAUUUCUCUCCUUUUUUCCCCCCUCCCUUCUCCAAUAAAAUAAAACAUUUGUAACAGA